UAAACCUCAAAAAAGACUACGAAGUCCGCUCCCCUGACGAGAUCUUCCUUCGCAGUCCAAGAAAUAAUAAUAUUUUCAAUGGAAGUUCAGUAGAAAGUUUAUCAGUUGAAUCAAAAGUGAAAUACAUGGUAAAGAAAUAAUUUACAAAAAAUGGUGCAGAUUCUUUCGUUUUCUGCGAUAACCUUAAUCUUCAUUGCUACAACUGGAAGUCAAGUUGUGAUUGGAGGAACACGUGCGUCCAGUCACAAGGAAACUAAAGUUGUUGGCAGCAAAGAAGAUAAAGUUCAGCAAAACAGUACCAAUAAAUUAAGCCAGAUUUUUCACCCAACACCACAGGAAUCCCACUUCGAGGCCCCGGUCAAGAAGUCUUUUACCUCUACAAGAACAUUCAUACGAAAAAUCUUAGCCAACAAAAACCAUGUUAGGAAUAGAGUUAAGGAACCUCUUGUAAAAAGAGUGCUGAAACAAAAUGGGGCCAAAAUCAGCAAGAGCGAUUCUGGUAAAGGAUUAGAGAUGACUGAUGAUUUUCUGGCUGGAAGCGUAAAGCAGUCUAAUGCCAUAGAAAAUGCGCUGUCCUUUCAAAAAAGUGAAGCUGUUUCAGCGUUCCGUGAAAUUCCUCGUCCUGGUGAAGAAAAAAAUAAGAGAACAAACCCGAAUGGACGGGCUACAAAAAGCACUAUUGAGAUACUAUCAGAGAAGACAAACCCGGAGAAGGGGACCGAAGUUGCAAAAUUUAGGUCGGAGACUGAAGACAAGAUGUCGGAGAUAUCAUUCGAUGGAAAUGAUAAUCAAGCGAGCCUAAGCAACGAAAACUCAGUGUUCAGACGUACAAUGUCAAAAAUGAUCAAAGAAAAAGAAGCAUCGAGCGCAAGACAAAAAAGAUCGUUCGAAGAAUUAAGAGGAAACAAGAUGAAUGGCGGGUUUUAUAACGACAACCAAGAUGCUGGUGCUACAAGUUUGGCAAAUUCAGACUUGGAAGAAGGCUGGGAAGUUCCAGGAAAGAGGAAACAUAUAAAAAAUGACGAGACAACGAUGCUUAAACAUCUUCUUCGCCAAGACACAAUGGCGUUCGGUACCUUACAAGAAGACAAAGAAGAACAGAGCACUAUCAAGGAAAUAGAAAAGCUUUCAAGGCAAAGUUCAUCGCUUCCUAAGAAUCUUCAUCUUCCAUAUAUGUCAGGUCCGUUGGAUGACAUGGGGUUAGACUUCUCGAAAAUGGAUGUUUCGGUCGGAAAACUUGAUUCGUCGGAGAAUAACGACUUCAACGAAGGCGGCAAAGGGAUUUUUCUCAAAAGAGAUUCAGUGUCUGCUACAGGAGGUCAACAUGACUGGGAGACCCGAAACAGGAAUCAAAUCCCGAGACACCACAUUGACAAACCAGGUGGCCAGACUAUCUAUGCCAUGGACGACACCGAAGAAUUCGAGCACGUUCCGAAACUAACUCGGUUUCCGUCCUUUUAUCGAGCGCCAGAAAUCCGGCCAAUCGUUAUGGAAGGAUUUCACAGGCUUGGUCGCAUUCCCCCGAUUGCUGCGGCGAUUAUUAGCAGAGAGGAUUUGGCGCCUCGUGAGCCGAUUCCUUCCCGAGAAGCCGAACCCGAAGAUGAACCGCCACCAGUUUCGGAAUUCAUUGAAGCCGACGAACCAGCCCCGAUACCUGAAUUACCAUCGCUACGAGAAAUCCCUCCCAUACCAGAAAUACGUGACCCGGAACCUAAGGACUUGAAUCCCAAAGAUACGUUUGGGAAUAAAGGUUAACUCUUUUUGUGCCAUAGGAGUUUCGUUCAAAAUGAGGUACACCGGUAGUUCCUUGUAUAUCUCUUGGUACGAGAUUGGCAUAGACUGUGUGGAAAGUUUUUUUACUUGGGAAAUUUUUUGUUUCAAAAGUCAAAUUUGGGAAAAAAACUCGCGGCAAAAUACCAAGAACUUGGGUAGUCUCCAGGUCCUCGUUGAACAGAAGCUCUCUUCAUUUGUAACUCGUUCCCUACUCUUGUCGUGUUUUCAGGCUUUGAAAGAGGUAGCAGGACAAUUGAUUUAUUGUGAAAUAUAUAGCCGGCAAACUGGUCGAGGAAUAAAAUUGAAAAACGUACGAAUGCGAGAGUGAAUAAAUUCAGUUAGGUACCCUA